GAUUGGUCUACGCUUUGAAAAAGGCCGAGCUACGAGCGCGUCAAUCAUCGGAAUUUCCUCGUGCAAGCUUGAAACCAGCCCACGAUGAAAUUUGAUUGGCUGUUCCCGUUAAAGGUGUACCUCCCUGUAUUCUUUGCUGAAUGGGUCCGUUUAAUUUGUCCACAGGUAGUGGGAAGUGACAGGGUCUCAACGAAGGGACUAUGGGUUUUUAUUUCUCUACCGAAAAGCAGGAAGCGUGUCCACUACUGUCACUCACCUUGCUCAGUUGGCGGUCGACAGCAACCAGUCGUCCACCAGUCGUGGACAGUAGAUGUCCACUGUGUCCUAAAGGUUCUACCACAAACAAAGCUUCGGUUACUGCACGUUCAGUAGCACUGAGCCGGUGACACGUGACCGUGAACCGUAUGUAUGAGACUAAACGAACACUCGCGAAUGGAGCUACGUUGCUGGUCCCACGGCAGUUGUUUUCUAUGUCAAUUACCGUGAGGUCUUUCAUGUGACUUUAGUAACUGAUCACUGGUAAACUAGAAAGAAAUUGUGGCUCACUGUAGACAUCCUCUCCAGUCAAAAACAUUGACUGUCGUAUGGCUCCUCUCCAGGAUGUGGAUCUGUCUGUGGCUGCAUGCAGGACUGGUUACAAACUUUUCAGUGUCUGUUCUGAUUAGUAGUCAUGGUUUACAGUAUAGAGCAGCGUACAAAUCCGACAUCUUUAUUCUUUCCCUUUCCCACCCAGAUUAAAAAUAACUCAAAUCCUGUUGAACAAAGACUCACUGAUCUUCGCAGAAAUAUUUGAUAGAAUAAACCUAAACUAACCUGGUUGUCAUUGCUGUUGACAUCCUGUUGUUCUCCUAUGAGGUUGCAUCUGUCUACCGAUUCGUGGCUUUGCAGCUAAAACUUGACUAAGAGUUGGUCACGUAUGACUCACUCUACAGAUCUGCUCCUGGUGAAGGUUUUGUCUAAUUUCCAUUACUGCAAAACUCUUGUAAAAGCAGGCGUUUCCUGCUAUCACAUUAUAACCUCCUUGUCUAUCAAAGAACCCAGCUCCGUGCAUAAUGUUUGAUCAACCAUCCUGACACUACUCCAUCCCUCACUUAACUUUACUGGUUACCAAUAGCUGUCUGAAGUAAAGAUAGUAAAUCUCUAUUAGUGAUCGGGAAGCAGAUAAGACUAUGUCUUCAUUCAUAUUUAGAAAUCCCUCUAUAGUUUAAAUUCUAAUAAUCAGGUACUGCCUCUUUGACCUAAUAGAUAAAACCAAUCCUUGACCUUUGAGUAGUAGGAGUGUGCUUCUUAUGAGUGUAACAUAUUUACUAGCCGUGAUAGCAUAGCAGGUAUUCUUGUCAACAUGUGGGUAUUUUAUUGUUCCCAGUGAGGACUUUAGUCUGGCUCACCUCUAGCCCACCGUGACUUGUAUAACUGCAGAGACAAUAGUUUAGACGAAGCUUUCAGUUGGGGUAAGAAUUAGACAUUUGGUUGUGGUGAUUAAGAGUUGUAAGAAUUCUUUGUUUAUGUGACUGAGUGAGUGGCUUGUGGAUGAAGCACAGAUGUGUAUGUCUUUGCUGUAGCAGCCCGUAGUUUCCUGUGUUUCCCUAUAUUUCUGUGUCAAUAGAUCUUGCUGACACAUUGUAGCUAUGCUCCGAAAACGUGGUCCCUAAAGACAAAUGUAAGCAAAGUUCAAAGAAAGGUGUGGCUGACCUCCAUUAGUAUAUGCACUUGAGUAAUGAUAUUGUAAAGACGACAUAAUCCUCAUGAGUCACAGAAGGGAACGGUUGCAAUUCCACUGCAAGGUGUUCUUAUAGCCCCUCUUGAAUGUUUUAUGAUGAAACCUUGCUUCACCGUAAGGGUAUACAUACAGGGCAUUUUAGUUAAUAGAAUUUUAUGUAGGUUGAACUCCAGGAUUUAGUUGUUAUUGUGACCGUCGUUAACAAUAGACUGUGUAAUCAGUCACUCAUUUCCUUAUAGUGGAAUUUCUUUCACCCACUCUUGUCUACAACUUCAGCUCAUUGACGUUUGCAGCAUUUGUUUUCCAACCUAGCCUUUUCAUCAGCGUUGCCAUCUGACCUUAGGAUGAACCCGCGGGACCUACACUCCUGGUGAAGAUUGGAGACUGUCACGAAUGUCUUCGAUUUGGUCAGUGUGAAACAAUGAAGCCUGAAUUUUACCGAAUUCAUAUCAUGCAAAAGAUAAAGAAGAGGAAAAAAGCCCUGUAUGGAACCGGAAAUGAUCUUGUAGUGUGUUUAUUGAAAUGGGUGGAGUUUAGAAGGUAGUUCAGGGAGGUACCACCGCUGCCUGUGAUAUUUAAGGCAUUGUGAGAGCGGAUGUGCAGCACUUGCGGAAGCUUUGUAGUCCAACUCCAGAAACGUUCACCCGAAAGUUUUCCAUCAUGAGCUCUGAAACAAGUGAGCAAACUUCAACAGGAAAGACCGAGGGAGGAGCAGGAGCUGCUGCGGCCGAUUCAGCUGCGGCCAAAAGGGGCUGGAAGUGUCCGGUGAGUGAUGUCCAUGUUCAUAAAGAAGAUGUGAGGAAGGUUUGGAAAGAGUGCCAAGAGGAGAGCUUCUGGUAUAGAGCUCUGCCCCUCUCUGUGGGUAGUAUGGCUGUCACUGGAGGUCUCAUCUACAAUGGUGUGUGGAAGUCAUCACAGAGACUGGGCCCCUUUCCAAAAUUAGCAGUUGCGGGGAUUCUUGGGUUUGCAGUGGGAAAAGCCUCGUAUGUCAGAACUUGCCGAAGCAAGUUUCAGGAGCUGGGUAUCAAGGAAGGACCAGGAUUUGGACCAUGGUCUAGGAAAGGUCACGGUGGUCCUGGACAUAGAUCAUGCCACCAUGUUUGUGAAGAAUGCAAGAAAAAAGCUGCACCUACGGAAGAAGUCAAAGCGUCAUCGUAAACACAGAAGGAGCUACUGUUAUUAUGGAUCUAUCUGUCAGUGGACACAUUUUCAUAUAUAACAAGCCAUGAAGAGCCUGGAGGUUUUUGUCCCUUUUUAUCUGAGCUGCCCUUUCACUAGACACCCACUAGGGAGAGCAGCUGUCCCUUCAAUUGGAUGGCAAACAAGGUGUUUCUAAGUUUGCCUGAAUAAAUACACCAGUGCAAAGUCUCUCAUGAGGUGUGCGGCAGCAAUACAAAGCAGAGGUUAUUUUGUAGUAUUGCAACAUUGGUAAUCUUUAAUAUUACUCUACAAAAGUAAAUUGACUUUACCUAGAAUUACAACACUGUACAAUGUAAAAAAAGAAGAAAGAAAACAAAGUAUGGGAGAUAUAUGGAGGAACCCCUUAAAUUAGUGUUAUUCUGAUCAGCAAGAAAAAAUCCUCCUCAUCUGGAGACUAUAGCAAAUUGUUUUGGAUAUAAAUACUUGAAUGGCAGCAGACAGAUUUGGAGGUAGUAAAAUUAAAUAACUGUUUAGAGUGUAAAAACUGCAUCACAAUGUUUUCUUUUUUCCCCUGCUUAAAAAUCGAAUCUUGAAGAUGCUAAAGAAACAUCUAGUUAUGCUUGAUCUGAGAUUUUCCCACAAGAGCUAGAUUUGGGCCUUGUUUUCAAGUUCAAUCCAAAACUCAGUCCUAUAGAACAGAAGACACCCAAAAUGCCUUUGCUUUGUUUUAUUUUUGAUAUUGUAUUGUUUGAUCAACCAAACCUAUGAUAUCUGCUCAUUCCACAUGAAAUCCUACAUUUCCUACAUACAUUGGCCAAUAAAGAUAACUGAAAAAGCCAUACAUGACAAGUCUUCUUUGUCAUGUAUAUACUCACUGAGGCCUGUAGAAUCUGAGAUGAUCCUGAUUUGACGGCUAGACCAGAAGUCCUCAGCCUACGCUUUCCCAAUAGAGGACGUGUCGGUGGGCUUGAGGAGGUCUUCAAAGUACUCUGCCCACCAACCUACAACGUACCGAGUUGAGGUCAACA